UUCACAUGGGUGAAGCAACCCAGUCUGAAGAACAUUUUUUUGUGUGUGGGGGAAACCGGCUGUAGCGGACAUGUAGCUAGUGCAUUACGACCGCUCUGUGUUUGAAUCAAUCAUAAAUACUUUUUUCUUACUUGAGUGUAUUUUAUCCAGUAAAUUGACGUAAAAGGACGGGGUUGCUAAGUUGCUCGCGUUCUAUCACUGUAGCUAGUUCGUGUGCGAUGAUUUGUCGGUUUAGCCAUCUUCCUAGCUGCUGACAGUGGUCUGAAGGCUGCUGUUCUGUUGCGGUGGUGAGCUACCCGAAGAAGCGGCCCUGACCAUAACGUUAGCUAGCUGGCUUUAUCCAAGUAUCUGUUAGUCGACCACCUCGGCCGUUGCAUUGGAUUGUCUGCGCAUUGCUGGCUGGCUAGCUAGCUACCUAACGUCAGCUGGCUAAACAGAGCGGAAAGUCAUCUGUCAUAUGCAGAUAUGACAGCCAACUAGCUAGCUAGCCAGCUAACUUCGCUCUUUAUCCAUGGAAUACAAAUGGGUUUCUUUUUGGAGUAUGGACCUACGAUUGAUGGCGUGCCUUUGAGUCUACGGUAACCCACAAUAGUUGUAAUAAGAAAAGCAUCCAAUGCAAAAGUAUUGAAAGCAAACCUCCAUUAUGGAUUUCAGCAAAUCGUUGACCUUGUGGAUUGCAUGCUUAUGCCUCCUGAGGGAAAGCUGGACUGUACAAGCCAGCUCAGACCACCAUCAUAUUGAUAAUGGUGUGUCAGAACUCUGUCGCAUCGAUGAGCCUCGGUGCCACGAUGAAAAUACCAUCCUCAGCUUCGAGGCUAUCCGCAGUAUCCACAAGCAGAUGGAUGACGAUGCUAAUGGCAAUGUGGAUGUGUCAGAGACGGACGGGUUCCUGAGGGAGGACCUGAACUACCACGAUCCCAAAGCCAAGCACAACAGUUUCCACGGAGACGACCAGUUCAUCAGUGUGGAAGACUUGUGGAAUACCUGGAAGGGUUCUAAAGUGUACAAUUGGACAGUGGACGAUGUGGUGUUGUGGCUCACCCACGUGGAGCUGCCGCAGUAUGUGGAUGCCUUCCGCAAGAUGCACUUCAACGGCACUGUCAUGCCCAGGCUGGCUGUGAAGAACGCCACCCUGACAGUGUCCAUUCUGAAGAUGCUGGAUCGCAGCCAUGUUCAGAAGCUGCAGCUCAAGGCCUUGGACACUGUGCUGUUUGGAGCCCCACUCAUGAACACUCAUAACCACCUGAAGGACUUCAUGCUGGUGGUGUCCAUAGUGAUCGGCAUUGGAGGCUGCUGGUUCGCCUACAUCCAGAACCGUUACUCCAAGGACCACAUGAAGAAGAUGAUGACGGACCUGGAUGGACUACAGAGGGCUGAGCAGAGCCUGCAUGAUCUGCAGAAGAAGCUGCAGAUAGCCCAGGAGGAGCACCGUACAGUAGAGGUGGAGAAGGUGAACCUGGAACAGAAGCUGAGGGAUGAGAUCAACUGUGCCAAGCAGGAGGCCCAGCGGCUGAAGGAGCUCCGCGAGGGCACCGAGAACGAGCUGAGUCGGCAGAAAUACGCCGAGGAGGAGCUGGACCAGGUGCGCAUGGCCCUGAAGAAAGCAGAGAAGGAGCUGGAGUCUCGCUGCAGCUGGUCCCCACCAGAGUCCCUCCAGAAGUGGCUCCAGCUCACCCAUGAGGUGGAGGUGCAGUACUACAACAUCAAGAAGCAGAACGCUGAGAAACAGCUACUGGUGGCGAAAGAAGGGGCAGAGAAGAUCAAGAAGAAGAGGAACACCAUAUUUGGGACCUUCCAUGUGGCACACAGCUCCUGUCUGGAUAAUGUGGAUCACCAAAUUCUGACAGCCAAACAAGCCCUGGGUGAGGUGACUGCUGCUCUGAGGGAGAGGCUGCACCGCUGGCAGCAGAUUGAGAUUCUGACGGGGUUCACCAUCGUCAACAACCCUGGGCUUACCUCCCUGGCCUCCACCCUGAACCUUGACCCCAGCAUCAUGGGUGGCCGGGCCACGCCCCAGCACUUCAUUAUGUCUGAUGACAUGGACGACAUGGACGAGGACAUCAUAUCGCCCGGAACUCUGCAAUCUCCCAGUAUGAUGUCCCUGCGUCAGCGCCACAUGGACUCCCAGCUGGCCAUGGGCUCUCAGAGGUUGGUAGAGACAUGCCUGUUGGCGGGGCAGCAGGGAGACUGCACCUCUUACCCAUCCAGAUCUAGGGCCACCCUCCAACAGUCACACAGCCAGUCCUUCCAACAGUUUGAGGCUCUCCCCCUGCCUCCCCUGUCCUCGGCUGUCUCGCACCCCUCGAUCAUCUGCUCCUCUCCACCUCCUCCUUACCGUCAGCCCCACUCCUUCCACUCCUCCUCCUCCUUACACGCCUCCGCUCCUCAUUCCUCCCAUGUCUAUCACUCGUCUUAUUUCCAGCCCAUGGACACCAUCCCAGACUUCCAGCGCAGCAGCAGCUUCGGGGAUCUGAACCGCUCAGACUCAGACUCCUCCCUGUCCCUCUCCCAAAUCGGUGAUCGUCUGUCUGCCUACAGCUCCAAGGGCCACCUGGUGAAACCCACCCCCUUACUGUAUGGUCCCCCUGUCCGCUCCGCCUCCGACGAGCCCUCCCUGCAUGCCCACACACCUAACGGAGGGAACCGUGUCCACGAGGGAGGAGCCCAGACCGAGCCAGUCCCCGAGAGCCCCAUCCUGAUGAAGAAGGUGUACAGCAUCGAGAAAUCUGCCAGCCUGGGAGAGAUGGACGUUGGCCUCAUCGGUAUGUCCAUGUCAGAGUCCUCCUGCUCCCUCAGCCUCAACUCCACCGAUGCCGACACACCCUCCCCCACGGGGUGCCAGCCUGGGGCUGCAGGGGCCAAGGGAAGCAGCCGUAUCCCUCAACUCUCCUCCAAGAAGAGCCCUCUGGAGGAAGACAGCGGCUCCACGGGAGAAGACACAGACUCCGUCGCCAGUCGUAAGAAACACACCUUCAAGAUCUUCAAAAAACAGAAGAAAUAAUGACAAGGGCUACUGAAUACUUUUAAAGAGCUAUUAAAGGUGUUUCACUUAUUAUUAUUUCUGUUUUGGAAAACUUGUUUUGGGUUGUUCACUGGUCACAAGCGAUGGCGCAAAUCUUUGCCUUUAGGGUUUUGUAGGUACUUUCUCUGAGGGACUGUGGGAGCAAGCAGCUAUUCGAUGAUGUUUGCAAUGGGUGGUGUUGUAUAGUGGAAUGUAAGCACUAUUUAUUUAGCAGGAAAGUGUGCCAGUCGCUCAGAGGGAAACAAGUCUCCUGGAUGGAUGUCUUCUGUUUUACUUCAACCUGUAUCAGUUUGCAUGUCUUCACCUUUGUUUGACUGAUAUUUUCUGGAUUCUCUUAGGUGUGUGCUUGGUUCUUGUCCUUAUUCUGCUUAGACAACACUUAAAAACUCAGCUGUUUCUUGUCGUUAAUCCCCGACCACCUCCUUGUUAUGUGUCAGAUGGACAUUGCCAGUCAGUGUUGGUCAAUGGUGAGGGGAGGGGGGGGGGGGCUGAAAAGGGCUGAACAAUACUUGCAAAAACUUCUCGAGUCAAUUGUGCUAACAAGAAAUCUAGUAGUCAAUGUUAUCACAACUCUUCCAGUACAGCUGCAGACACAGCAAGACACACACUAGGCAAACAUUUCCCUGGGAUAGAGCACCUUUAGAAGUGGAAGUGCUAACUUCAUUUAAUCCCCUUGAAAACAAAGCUAGGUAGCCUGUGUAACUGCCUUGUCUAUUGGUCCCAAUCAUAGCCCUGAUCUAAGUUCCCUAAUAGAGGUUAUUAAAAUGACUAAUUUGAACUAUAUGAAUUUUGUAUCAAUGUAUGUUUAUUGAAGUAAACCUCUACAUUUGCAAAUUGCCUACCAUAUCAAUCUAUGUUGUGUGUAAUUGUAGGAGAUAUCACGUGAAUCAUUAGGAGUGCUGUAGGAGACGCUAAUCUUUUUAAGUGCCAAAACAAAGACUCUGGUCCAGUGGCCUUUAUUCUUGUCAACAACUAUAUAUGUACUGUCUGUUGUAAAUUAGAGGCAGCUUUAGAAUGAGUAGCACUGCCUUCUGUUUUUAUCUGGGGACUAAAAUCAGGUGAUCAAUUUGACAUGGUCACCCACAACAUUUCAAGCAGGGAGUUGCAGGCAGCAUUUGUAAUUCGAAGACUCCCAAGUUGUGUGUUGAGCAUUUUUGAGGUGUUCGCUACUUUAGCUUGGACUGUAGACGACCCAGAUCACCUAGAUACACAUUAUACAGCUCCACAGUCAAGCACACACUAAUGGCAUCUAUAGGUCACCAUUAUAAACUCACUUGCCAUUAUUGGUUUUGUGAAAGCACAUAUGGUUUAGAAAUGGAUGUCACAAUGCAUUCUGGUAGUAGGGACUCUCCUAAUAACUUCCUAAACAAUUGACCUGCUCGACUGCUCCUGAAUCUGAUAACCAAAGCAGUGCUGCUAACGACACCAUUGCCCCCCAAUGGAGGCCUCACACAGUGAGAUUGAUGGUAUGGAUGAAAAAGAAAUGUCAUAUUCUUUCAUUGAUCAGUUGAAAACAUGAACUUCCUAUUGGUACUUUUUAAAGUGUAGUUUGUACCUCUUCUGCACGAUGAAGCUGUAAUAUGGAUUAUGAUGUCUGUCUGUUGCCAGGAUACUGCACUGAGUUGUUUUGAUGCAUGUCAGCUACUGUAUUAACGUCUAUAAUGGGCUUGAGGCAGAGUUCAGCUCGAGCAUCAUCUGCUCACCCCUACUUAAACCCAAACUUCUCAUUUUGAGCUUCUAUUUAUGAAUACAUAUAUUUGUACAGAGAAAAACAAAUAUUUUGCAUCUUCUGUGGCGUUCUCUCGACUUUUAUGGCACUCCUGCAUGAUAGCAAUAAACUAUUUUGAAUGAAAGACAUG